AUGGUGGUGUUGGAGAGGACGAAGAGAGUGUUUGCUGAUGAGAAUGAGGGAAAUUGGGUUGUGUUUUGCCUUGCAAAACGAAACCAAACCAAAACCCGAAGGUGUCAACAUCAAAAUUUCAAAAUGAAGAUCGUCAUGGUUUGCCGUUUGUUUCAAACUGAAAAACACUGUCAGCAAAGUUCCAACAUUCGUAGGAGGCUGGGGAUGUCAAAAUUGGGGUUUUCGGUGAGCGAUCCGUCAAUCGUUCUUCGGCUCUAG